AUCACAUGCCCCCGACUGUUUCCCCGUUAUAUCAACAUGGCUAUUCAAAGCUGUAGGUUGCUUCUCGCCUUCUUUCUCCUGUUUUCCCUCGUUGUUGUCGGAGAGGGACAGUAUAAGGGGUUCAGGAAGUUUAAUGGAGUGCAUGAUAACAGCCAGAAAGCUGUGUUUGAGGAACAGUGGUUCACUCAGAAACUGGAUCACUUCAAUGGUGCAGACAGCAGAGAGUGGAAGCAAAGGUACUUUGUGAAUGAAGCCUUCUACAAGCCAGGUGGUCCAGUGUUUCUGAUGAUAGGUGGAGAGGGCCCAGCCAAUCCAGCCUGGAUGCAGAACGGCUCCUGGCUCACCUAUGCUGAGAAACUAGGAGCACUUUGCUUGAUGCUGGAACAUCGCUUCUAUGGAAAGAGUCAUCCGACUGCUGACCUCAGCACAGACAACCUGCAUUACCUCAGUAGUCGCCAGGCGCUGGCUGACCUGGCACACUUCCGCACCAUGAUGGCGGAGGCCCGGGGGCUGACCAACAGGAAGUGGGUGGCGUUCGGCGGGUCGUACCCAGGUUCUCUCGCGGCUUGGUUCAGGCUGAAGUAUCCUCACCUGGUCCAUGCCUCUGUGGCCACAAGUGCACCUGUUUAUGCCACUGUUAACUUCCCAGGUAUGAAGAGGCAUUGGAGACAGUGGGUCUACCAGCCUGCAACUGAAUUUGGAUUCUUACAGAGCACCGAUACCAACCAACCUUCACCGUUUCCUCUUGAGUAUCAAGUUGAAACAAUGCCAGACUUCUACAACGUCAGUGCUGAGCAGCUGGGGGCCGUGGGCCCAGACAACGAGUAUUACGGGGGCUAUGACAUGCCUGCCAGUGAGAAAGAAAGCGUAAUGGGAACCCUAAAUGGAAGCACUGUGCAAGAACAGGCCCACUGUGCCAACAUGUACCCUGCCAGGAGCAAGGAUCUUCCCCGCUUAGCUCUGGCCGUGACCACAUCGUUCUUGCUUUCUCCAGAGUGUUGA